AUGUCUAUUUUCACAAGAACGGCCAGAAUUGCGCUGGCCGUAUCGGCUUUUACCCGCUUUGCCCACGCUCUCGACAUCAGCAUCUGCGCCGACUACAACACGGCAUCUGGCAGCAGCAACACUUCAAACCUCCAAAGCAACGGCCUCUGCUCGGAUUACUGCCGCGGCAGCUACGUUUAUGCCAUCACUUCGCACGAGAACUGCUGGUGCUCCAACUAUGAGCCUGCCAAGGGCAAUGUUGUUGAUAACAAGGACUGCAACUUUCCCUGUCUCGGCUACCCUUUCGAGUUCUGCGGCGGCAAGAACAAGGACACCUUUGGCUAUCUCAGUCUCGGCCCUCAGCCAUCUGGCACCAAAGGUUCCAGCGAUAGCGGCUCCUCUUCUUCCACGUCUUCCUCAUCUUCCUCGCCUUCUUCGUCUUCCUCGUCUUCCACCAGCUCCAAACCUACAUCAGCCUCGAGUAGCGUCACCUCAACUGUGACGGUCGGCGGUAAGGUCACCACCAUCAUUGUGAUGCCAACCAGUGUCGGUGAUAGCAGUCAAGAGAACAGACCUUCCCCUACUAGCAGCUCCAGCAGCUCUGGCAUCGCUGGUGGUGCUAUUGCCGGCAUUGUUAUUGGCUCCAUCGCCGCAAUCGCCCUCGUCGGCGUGCUCAUCUGGUUCCUGCUGCGUCGCCGCAAUCAGACGACAGACAAUGGCGAGUUCAGAGACGAUCCUAGUGUGCGCGGUAGCUCUCGCGGCAGACUAGGCUCUCAUCAGCAGGACCUGAGCAUAGCGGGCUCCGCCGCUUCUCCGGGCUCGGCUGGUCACCGCAAUAGUAUGCUACAAGCUGACCCUAGGAUGGACCCGUUUAAGCAGGGCCUAUACUCGCGCCAAAACGGUAGCGCCGAGAGCAUCAACACGCUGCGUGACGACCACGAUUAUAUGAGACGUAUCCAGCAGCCCAAGGUGUUGAGAGCGACGAAUCCAGACCCCGACUCGUGA